GUCCCAGAAACCCUAACCCUAAUUUUCUAAUUCUGGUCCACUCUUGCUCUUGUGUUUCAACCCGAAUUCAUCAUCUCUGUGCGAUUGAUGUGUAUCGGCUCCGACAUUGAACUUCUGUAUUUCGAAGACCCUUUUCCGAAGCUGUGUCGCUUUCAGAUUUCGACAGUGAAACUCGAAGUUAGAUCUUUGGAUACCCCAGAAUGGCUACUAGGGUUCAGUUUGAGAAUAGCAAUGAAAUCGGAGUUUUUUCAAAGCUAACAAAUGCCUACUGCUUGGUAGCAAUUGGUGGCUCUGAAAACUUCUACAGCACAUUUGAAGCAGAAUUAGGUGAUGUUAUUCCCGUUGUGAAGGCCUCUAUUGCUGGUACCCGAGUAAUAGGUCGUAUGUGUGUUGGUAAUAAGAAUGGUCUCCUCCUUCCACAAGCAACCACUGAUCAAGAGCUACUGCAUAUAAGGAAUUGCUUACCAGACAGCGUGGUCGUUCAAAGAGUGGAUGAACGUCUCUCAGCGCUUGGAAAUUGUAUCGCUUGUAAUGACUAUGUGUCGCUUAUUCACACUGAUCUGGAUAGGGAAACGGAAGAACUUGUAGCAGAUGUCCUGGGAGUUGAAGUAUUCAGGCAAACCAUUGCUGGCAAUAUUCUUGUUGGGAGCUAUUGUCAAUUCACUAAUCGUGGUGGAUUGGUACACCCACACACAUCGAUAGAGGAUUUGGAUGAGUUGUCAUCGUUAUUACAAGUGCCACUCGUGGCUGGUACUGUAAACAGAGGAAGUGAAGUCAUUGGUGCUGGUUUGGUGGUUAAUGACUGGACUGCUUUCUGUGGAUUGGACACAACAGCUACAGAACUCUCUGUUAUAGAGAGUGUGUUCAAACUCCGUGACGCUCAACCCAGUAAUAUUGUCAAUGAAAUGAGGGCUUCCCUUAUCGACACCAUGUCAUAGAAAUAGACAAAUCCUCUCUUCACUUCUCAUUAUUGUACUACUUUUUCUUUACUGUUAAACUUCGUCAUUUCGGACCAUAUUUUCCUCAGUACCAUACAUCUCGAGGACCUGUAAUCCAUUGUGAUACUUAUCUGGAUCGUGUUCGAGUGUUUUUCAAAGCUUUUAUCCAUUCAUUAGGAAUGUAUGAUUCAGACCUACUUUCUUGUAAGUUCUGUGGAGCAUAUUAUUACGAGACCUAGUCCCCACAUUUUUUAUGAA